ACUACAAUAUCAUCGUUCAUCGAUUUAUUCAUUAGGAUCGUAGAAGAAAGUUUUUUUAUUAUUUUUUUUUUUUUUUAUGUAUGGGUUUUUGCUCCACUUCUCUUCUGUUGAAGAAAGGUUGGACCUUUUUUUUGAUUGUUUGUUUAUUGCAAUAGUAGUAGUUAGUGUGUAAGCACCGUAUAGCCCCUUGCAUCUUCGAGUUUUUAUAGAUGCAAGGAAAAAAUUCGAGAAAAGGGUACUCAAUUGGUGCAAUAUAUUGGCGUUUACGUUUCCUUGUUGUUGGGGAUGUUCAGUAGUUGAGCUUCUCAGAAAUGCGUAUUGGCCAAUAAGUAUAAUUAUUUUUUAGUGCUGUUAGUUUAUUUAAAAUUCGUUACAUAGUGUUUUGUUGAUUGUAUUUGGAAGGGAACAGAGCAUGAUGAUGAGAAAAUUAGCCUCUGAAUUCAUAAUUCAUGUUGAUAUAAUUAUUAUACAACCUUCAAAGUUCUCUGAAUAGCUCUGUCUUUAAUGAUGAUGAUAUAAUUUCUAUCCUUUUUUUUUCUAUCCGUUUUUGUUUUGUUCACUUGAGUUGUUUGUUCUUUUUCCUGAGAUUUAUUCAAAUUUGAUCAGCACCUAAGAAAAUCAUAGUCUGUUUUGACAGAUAUAAUGUUUCAGACUACACGAGCAUGGUGCUAUAUGAAGUUUCUUCUAUGAGUUUUUAUCAUGCCAUAUUUAGCAGUCUGCUUUGAUAUAUGGCUUUAGCUUUUGAAGAUAUAUUUGUUUGUUUUUGGUAUUUCAACUUUGUAUGAAGCCGAUUGAAUCUCUUGUUCUAUACAAUGUAGUUGAAUCUAAAAGUUAUAUGGUAGUUGAUAUGUUACGUUAAUAAUGAGCACAAUCGAGAUGGAAGAGUAGUGCACAAACAAAGAUGCCUUGAAUUUGGCAUUGUAUUUAAAGACCCAUUGUUUUAAACCCAGAGAAUAAAAACGCAUGAACAAGAGAUGGCCAAUGGCUCUACUGAAUCUUUGUUGUGGAUGUAGUUAAGAUCCUACUGAUUUGUAAGUAUCGAGUUCUGUAUUGAUUCUCAUGUGAAGGUUGCUCUAAAGUCAGUGAUUUGUGUCGGGUAAUAUUAGAUUCCAGGAGGAUUGGUUUGGAACUGGAUCUGUCAUGGCUGAGAGGUUUAGUAUUAGUAUUAGAUUCCAAGAGGAUUGGUUUGGUUUGGAAUUGUAUCUCUCAUGCCUGAGAGUCGAAGUAUGAUUUGGUUUUGAUACGGGUAGCUAUCUUUCUGCAGGAUAGAUUAGGUUGGAAAAAAAAACAAGCUUUAGUGCUGUUCACAUGAUACGGUUUAGCUUUCUGAUUAGGUGAAAGUGUUGCAGCAUUGGGAUAGAGAAGAUAGACAUAGCCUUGAGAUAGUUCUGGAUGUAAUCAAUGGUUAUCGAUUUGUUGAAAUGACGCUGGUUCUGCACAGAAAUGAGGUUGCUAGUAGCUGGGGAUCACAAUUCGUGUCUGAGAAUUUAAAGGUAAAACCAGAUAGAGAGAAGAAAAUUGAUCCAAGCUGAAUGUUGUAACCGGUGCUUGAGAUCCUUGGUUCGGUUGAGUGAUACGGAAGAAGAAGAAGAUGUGUUUUAUUAAUCAGAUGAUUUGAAUGUAAUGGACUAGUUUGCAGUGGUAUUUGAUAAAGACUAUAUCGUGACUACUGUUAUCUAUUGGAUAGAACAUUUAUUCAAACCAAUAUUCUUUGAAACUUUUGCAUUUUGCAAGUGAAGGCGAGAAUUUCGUUGACCUUUCGUUUACCUGAAAAAAUUGUGUGAGUAUUGGUUUCGCUCCUCUGUUGGGCUCUAACCAACAAAAUUUUGUUGCUACAACUGGCCCAACACCAAAUGUAUACGAAGAGAUAUGACAUCUUUUUCCCACCUUAUAAUCUUGUUACUCGCAGAAGCUGAUAGUUCUGUUUCUAGUCCUUUGCUCGGUUCAACUGCAAUGGCUUCCUCACAAGCUGCACUCUCUGCGUUGCCUCUUGCUGAUCGAACUUUCCGCAAAAAACCUUCUUCUGCUUCUUCGAAUUUUGGCCUUAGAGCAAGAGCUGCUGCGAAACAAGUUCACUUUAACCGUGAUGGCUCUGUCACCAAGAAGCUUCAGGCAGGUGCAGAUAUGGUGGCUAAGCUAUUGGGCGUGACAUUGGGUCCUAAGGGACGAAACGUGGUGUUGCCGAACAAGUACGGACCUCCCAAGAUCGUCAAUGACGGUGAAACUGUUCUUAAAGAGAUUGAAUUAGAGGACCCUCUAGAGAAUGUUGGAGUGAAACUUGUGAGACAAGCGGGUGCUAAGACUAAUGACCUUGCGGGUGAUGGUUCCACUACAUCUAUAAUUCUUGCUCAUGGCCUUAUUACUGAAGGUAUUAAGGUGGUUUCGGCUGGAAUAAAUCCUAUUCAAGUUGCCCGCGGUAUCGAGAAAACAGCAAAAGCUCUUGUUUUAGAGCUCAAGUCAAUGUCCAGAGAGAUUGAGGAUCAUGAGCUUGCUGAUGUUGCUGCAGUUAGUGCGGGGAAUGACUACGAAGUGGGAAACAUGAUUUCCAAUGCUUUUCAACAAGUAGGUAGGGCUGGUGUAGUUACAAUAGAGAAAGGAAGAUACCUUGUGAACAAUCUUGAGAUUGUGGAAGGAAUGCAGUUUAAUCGUGGUUAUUUAUCGCAAUACUUUGUCACUGAUCGAAGGAAGAGGGAAGCUGAAUUCCAUGACUGCAAGCUGCUUUUGGUUGAUAAGAAAAUAACAAAUCCAAAAGAUAUGUUCAAGAUAUUGGAUGCUGCUGUUAAAGAGGAGUUUCCAGUUCUUAUAGUUGCCGAAGAUAUCGAACAAGACGCUCUUGCUCCUGUUAUUAGGAACAAACUAAAAGGUAACUUGAAGGUUGCAGCCAUUAAAGCUCCUGCCUUUGGAGAGCGCAAGAGUCACUGCUUGGAUGAUCUUGCAAUCUUUACUGGAGCUACCGUGAUCAGAGAUGAGAUGGGACUGAGCUUAGAAAAGGCUGGAAAGGAGGUCUUAGGAACAGCAAAAAGGGUUCUUGUUACUAAGGAUUCAACACUGAUUGUUACAAAUGGAGACACCCAGAAAGCAGUAGACGAAAGGGUUUCUCAGAUUAAAAAUCUUAUCCAGAACACCAAUGAGAGUUUUCAGAAGAAGAUCCUCAAUGAAAGAGUAGCCAGAUUAUCUGGUGGAAUUGCAAUAAUCCAGGUAGGUGCACAGACACAAGUUGAGUUGAAGGAUAAACAGCUAAAGGUUGAAGAUGCCCUGAAUGCAACUAAGUCAGCAAUUGAAGAAGGGAUUGUAGUUGGUGGUGGUUGCGCCCUCUUGCGACUGGCUUCAAAAGUGGACAGAAUCAAAGACACCCUUGACAACACAGAACAGAAGAUUGGAGCUGAAAUAUUUAAGAAAGCGUUGAGCUACCCCAUAAGACUCAUAGCCAAAAACGCAGGCACAAAUGGAAAUAUCGUCAUAGAAAAGGUCUUAUCGAACAAAAACACUAUGUACGGUUACAAUGCUGCAAAGAAUCAAUAUGAAGAUCUGAUGUCAGCUGGUAUAAUCGAUCCAACCAAGGUUGUAAGAUGUUGCUUGGAACACGCUGCAUCAGUGGCUCAAACCUUUCUGACAUCGGAUUGUGUUGUAGUUGAGAUCAAAGAAAUCAAACCCAGACCAAUCAUUAAUCCACCAUUGCCUACUUCUCCUCCAGCUACUUCCUCCAUGUUCCCUGACAGAAAACUGCCAAGAUUUCCUCAAAUUAUGCCAAGAACUCGAAACCACUUUCCAAGAAAGUAGGAAGCAGCCGUAGAAAACUGUCUUUACUUUAGAAAAAUACAUUAACAUGAGAAGAAGUCACAUUUAAUGUUAUCUCCAAACAUUACUCAACGUGUAUAUAUAUCUAUCUGUGUACGUAUAUGUAUACACGAGGGUGCUCUGAAAUUGCGCUAAAUGUCAUAAGCUCUGGUCAUCUCAUAAACGUGUCAAUGCGAGGCUUUCACUUUUCUUCAUUGAAUCAUUUCUAACUUUAUCCUCUAAACAACGGAAGCUGAUAAAACCUUCAAGAGAGAAGACGAAGAUGAUGCUCAUAAGCUUGCAGACGGCAAUGGAUCUGAUCGUCGCCGGAAUCUCUCUGAUGGUCGGAUUAGGGUUCUUCGCUCUCAUCGCUUCAAUCCUCUGCUCCGUCGCCUUCUUCCACCAUGCCAAAGCCGCUUCCUCUUGACCAUCAAAAAAUCCGUACAAGAAUUGAACAAACUAAGGAAGACGAAGAGCUCAGCUUGUACAACAACAAAGUGUAGUUUAAAAGAGGUUGUAAUCUGUGAAUUUACGAAAUUAAAUUUAUAAAGUGUCGAACUUUCUUUUUUUCA